GGUGAAGACCAAUCUGGUGAAGAGGAGUAGAAAGAAGCGGUUCACUCUGACUGGCUCCUCCGUGCGUGUUUCUCCCGUCUUCGAGGGUCUGGAUGGCCGGUUAAAAAGCAGAAAAACACCGCAGUCCUCGGUUCUUCAGAUGCGCGCUCCUUGACGCCAAAAAUCGGAUAUAUUUGUCAUUUUUCCCGGAGUCUGAGAGAAGAGCUACAAAAUGAAAUACAAAAACCUGAUGGCCAAGGCGUUGUACGACAACAUGCCGGAGUCCCCCGAGGAGCUGGCCUUCCGUAAAGGGGACAUCCUAACUGUAAUAGAGCAGAACACAGGAGGCCUAGAGGGCUGGUGGCUCUGCUCCCUGCAUGGCCGCCAAGGCAUCGCCCCUGGCAACCGACUGAAACUGUUGAUUGGACCCAUGUUCGAGGCCCAGUCGCCGGCCGCCAGCGCAGCCGCCCAGUCCUCUCCUCAGAGCUCAGCCUAUCAGCAGAAUCCUGGCUCGGGGGCUCAGGGGAUCUACCAGGUGCCACCGUCCCUUCAGAGUCCACAGCAGCACAGUCAGCAAAGCAUCUACCAAGUUCCUCCUGGACAAGAUGUCUACCAAGUCCCACCAAGGAGUAAUCUAGCUGCUGAUAACACUCAGAGCAAGGUGGUGACCCCAACCAGAGUGGGACAGUCUUACACCUACAGCCCAGGCCAGCACAACCAGCAGGACCUCUAUGAUGUCCCACCCAGUAGAUCACAGGGGGUGUACGAUAUUCCACCUGGUCAGAUGUUCCCUGGUCAGCACAGUGCAGCCAGAAACCAAGGAGUCUACGAUGUUCCCCCAGCUCAAGUGGACCCCAGGACACAAGGCAUUUAUGACGUACCUCCCUCCUCACAAGGGGUCUACUCAGUGCCUCCCUGCAGGACCAACGCUGCCCUCCAGGAGGGAAACUACGACUUCCCGCAGCCUCUCAAACACAAACAGGAAGGCAUCUAUGACGUUCCACCACCUGCCCUCACCAAGCCCACUCAGAGCCCCCAGUCACAUUAUGAUUUUCCUCCCAGUGUGGAGCCUCCUCCCCAUCACCGACACCCAAAUACCAAUGGCAAUGAAGGCAUUUAUGACAUACCUCCACCUGCCCUUCAUUCAGGGGCAGGGUCUCAGAGAGACGUAUAUGACAUCCCCCGGGGCAUGCAACCCCCCCAGCACAGAAACUCAUCCGCUGACAGAGAUGGAAGCAAAGGCAUCUACGACAUCCCAGCUCAGGAUGCUCGUGCGGUAGCAGACGUGACUGAUGGCGUGAACCGCCUGUCGUUCUCCAGCACUGGCAGCACGCGCAGCAGCAUGUCCACCUCCUCAUCCUCCACAGGCUCCAGCUCUGAUGGCCGCCUCACCCUCGAUGUGGAUGCUGCUGUCCAGAGGUUGUACCGCCUGCAGCAGGCUGUGGAGGCCUCAGUUGGGUCCUUAUAUUCAAUGGCAGCUUCCCCUCACUGGAGGACUUUUCCCUUCAUGGAGCGCCAUGCUAAUGAUGUUCGCACUGUGCUAGACAGGGUCCGGGCUGCUCUGGGGGACUUUGUUGUGUUUGGCAGAGGGGCUGUUGUGAAUGCGACGGCCCUAUCAGACUCCAGCCUGCACAGUAAGAUGCGAAGGCAGCUGGGACGCCUGGAAGAUUCGCAGCAGAUCCUCCUGCAGAUCUACCAGGUCCUGGAAAACUGCAGCUGGGCUCUGAACGCCCUAGCAUCCUCUGGCAAGCACCACAACAAAAGUGACGACCUGGAUCGCUUUGUCAUGGUCUCCCGGACUGUUCCAGAUGACGCCAAGCAGCUGGCCUCCACAAUAGGCAGCAAUGCUGAGCUGCUGUUUAGGCGGACACACAUGGACGGGUCUUUCUCUAUCGGGAGCACACCUGAUGAGAACAUGAUCCACUCACUCACCUCCCCCUCCUCUGAUAAUGACUACGGAGGUCAGACCAAGCCCUUCCCUGUGCCCUCCAGCCAAGACAAAGACAACAUGAAUAGUGAGAAGUGUGUGAAGAGCUGGAUGGAGGAUUACGACUAUGUGCAUCUGCAGGGCAAAGAUGACUUUGAACGUCAGCAGAAGGAGCUGUUGGAUAAAGAAAACAUUAUCAAGCAGAGUCAGGUCCAGCUUGGUCAGGAACAGAUCAAUCAGUUCAAGAAGCUCGAGCAGGAAGUGAUAAAACCUGUGGAGAAUGACAUCUCACAGUGGAUCUCACACCAACACUCGGGUGUAACCUCAGCCUCACCCUUGGACUCCUCCUCCUCCAUUUCUCCAUCAACCCAUGUGUGCACACGGGACCGCCAGCUGCUCACCUUCUACUCUGAGCAGUGUGAGCAGCAUUUUGUGACACUCCUCAGUGCCGUGGACGCCUUCUUUGGCUGCGUCAGUGCUGGGCAGCCUCCUCGCAUCUUUGUGGCACACAGCAAGUUCGUCAUCCUCAGUGCCCACAAACUGGUCUUCAUUGGAGACACUUUGUCCAGGCAGGCCUCAGCUCCCGAGGUGGCCAACAGGGUGAUGAACUCCAGUAACGUGUUGUGUGACUUGUUAAAGUCUGUGGUGGCUGCGACUAAAACAGCCGCUCUGAACUACCCAAACACAGCUGCCAUCCAGGAGAUGGUGGACAGAGUCACUGACCUCUCACACCACGCACAGCAGUUCAAAGAACAGUUGCUACAAUUGGCCAACUUGUGAUUUUCAAUCCUUAUAUUUCACCACAGACUCCAUUAAUCUAGCAUAUAUAUAUAGAUAUAU